CAACAAUCUAAAACCAGUCCUGAUCAGGUUUCCUUUCUCCCAAACAACUUCUGGUCUAUUCUUGAUUUGGAUCUUAUUCAGCUUGGAUUCAGAGUGGCAUGGAAAUCUUCCAACAAGCAACUUCUGUUCGUCUACGUAGCCACCAUGACAAAUACCUACUGGCAGACGAUGAUCAGGAAACUGUUUGCCAAGACAGAGAUGGCACAGUUAGGAAUGCAAAAUGGACGGUGGAGAUUCUGGAAUCAAAUGCAAGUUGCAUUCGUCUCAAAAGUUGUUACGGAAAAUACCUAACAGCUUCCAACAUGCCAUUCCUUCUAGGAAUGACAGGGAAAAAAGUGCUGCAAACUCUACCGAGAAGAUUGGAUUCUUCUCUAGAAUGGGAGCCUAUUAGAGAUGGUGUUCAGGUUAGGCUCAGGACUCGUUAUGGACAAUAUCUGCGUGCAAAUGGAGGAUUACCACCUUGGAGGAAUCACAUUACGCAUGAUGUUCCUCACAGAACCGCAACGCAAGAUUGGAUUCUUUGGAAUGUUGAUGUUGUAGAAUUUCGAAAACAAGCUCCAGCUCCUCUUCCUCCUCCUCCUGUGCCGCCGCCUCAGCCUGCAGUUAAUCCAAUUGAUAGUGCACCUUCUGAUCCGGGUUCGCCUACAGAAAUUUCACUUAAGGGCCUUAGAAUGUCUAGACUUGAGUCUGAUGACUCAUUUCAUGGUUCACCAGUGGUAUUUGAAGGAAGGGUUAUCAAUUAUGAGGUAUUUGAUGAUAAUGGGAAUGUUGAUGAGGCAAUUGGAGAACGUACCUUCACUUUUAAGGGUAGUGGGGUUGAGGAAUUGAAGCAACUAUUGAAGGAAGAGGCAGGGGUCAGUGAGGAGGUUUGCAUUUGUUCUCGUAAUCCUUUGAAUGGCAAGCUUUAUCCCCUUCGGCUGCAUCUUCCUCCUAACAAUACAGCCAUGCAUGUCAUUGUGGUUCCUCUAUCAUCUCAAGUCGCAGGAGAUCUUGUGAUUCAUUGAACCCCAAUGCCAAUUUAAUCCGACAGCACCACAUUGAAUCAAAUGGAGCACCUACUUUUAAUAGACGUUCUACUCCAACCCUGGUACAGACUGCUAAUAGCUUUGGAGUGAGACAAGUCAAAUUUUGUCAUGCUCAAGAAAGCUAAAGGAGUGUUCUUGUAUUAGCUCUGGCAUUUAAAUCAUCUGCUGAACUUAACAACAAAGGAUAUAUCUUUAUACAGUUAGCAGAUGUAUGGUACUUGGAAUGCUUGGAAGUUGAAUUCCUUUUGCCCUUUUGCUGUGAGAUUUCAUAUGAAGGAAAUCAACUUGCCGGCAAUGGUUGUGUUGCAGAAUUAUAUCUCUUCCUCCAUGGGAAAUAAAAAACAGUUAA